AAAAGUAUUGUUAAAAUGGCGACCGAAAAUAAAUUAUAUCCGCAUAAUUAAAAAAUGAUCAGUAUUAGAAGUUGAUUGGAAAGAAGCUCGAUAAUGCGUGCGAAAAGGUUCCUAUGCCAAAAAAUGAGGAAUAAUAUAAAUAUCAUAGUACAUAUGAUAUAUUUAUGACAAAAAACAAAGAUUUUAAUUAGAAAAUGUUGUAAAUUGAAGUAUGCACAUUAAAAAUAUUAAUUGUAAAAUAUCAAUAAUACGAUAUAUAUAUAUAUCGUCAUUAUCGAUUUGAAUAUGGAAACUAAAAACAAAUGUGUCCUUUAUCAAAGAUAAUAAGCCAAGAUUACAUAUUAAUCAAAAUAUAGUAAUAAAAAUAGGAUAUUGAUGUAAUGAUAUUAAUAACGCGUACUUUUAAGAUAAUUUUAAUAAGCAAAUUAACUGAGAAAGUGAGCAAUGUAGUGACAUAGUGUAAAUAUUAUGAGGCGUUUUUUGCUAAGCUGUUAUACGGUACCAAACGAGUUUAAUAUAUUCUGUACAGAUUGUUUCUCAGGAUAGUUGUUAUACAACUUGAAUAUUUCCUACUGUAUUUGUAGAAAAAGAUUUUCAGAACUAAAAAACUUAUAUAUCAUUUAAUCUCGAACUUUUUUUAACGCAAUUUAUUUUUUUGUAUAGUUAAGAUAUUGUAAUUAAUAUGUAUAAUAAUAUUUGAGUAAAUUUUUAAGAUAUUUAUUUUUGAUAAAUAAUAGGAUUAAUAACAUUUUCUGAAAGUACAGUGUGAAAUUUUCAAGUUAUUUUUGGAAGCAUUCUAAUUAUAUCAUCAUGUUAUAAGAAUGCACGGUUCCUUGAUUGUAGGAACAUACACUGAGCAAAUAUUAAGUAUGCAUAUGACAAUGUUGUACUUUUUAUAUAUUGAAUCUUCGAAUUUAAUUUUUUGUUUUUUCAUAAGUCUCGUCAUAUAUCUUGUCAAAUAAUAUUUUUGUUACCAUUUGCUAUAUUUGUCUUUCUUUUUCUCUAUCUUACUAGCAUAUUUUUUUUCGUUUCAUUUUCAUUGUAGUAUACGAUUCUAUUCGUUUACUUUCAUGCGACCAACUAUCCUAACUAUUAUCGCGAGUCUGUAAACAUUAUAUAAGAAUAAUACAAACUAACACAUAUAUAUAUAUAUAUUUAUAUAGAUUUACGUAAAUAGAGAUAUAUAUAUUAUAUAUAUAAUAAAUGUAUAUAAUAUAUACUAUGUAUACAUAAUGAAUGUAUAAUUUCUCGGUUGUACAGAUCUGAGCGUUAUCUUCAAAAUGUUCUAUUUUAUAUAUAAUUAUUACAUUGCAUUCAAUGUAAGCGAUAUCUUCCAAUGCCGGCAUUGUAUCAUCGCAUUAAAAAAACGUUUGUAACAUUAUGAGCUACCAUCGUUUAUAAAAGUGAAAAUGAAAAGGUUGUGAAGUCCGAGUGUCGGCAUCCUUAGAAGGAUUCGUCAGCUUCAUGGAUUUAUUUGUAAUAUGGAGAAGAAUAUGAGGUUGUGCUAAUGAAGAUUAAUGAAUUGUAUUGAGAAAGCUUUAAUAAACAUGUGUAAAAUUGGAUUUCACUUGAUGAAUUUUCAUUGUACUUAUCGUUAAAUAAGUAAGAUUUUAUUCCAUUAAAUUAUGAAUAUAAUAUCUAAUAUGUAAUAUAUAUUGUGAUAUUGUGUUACUAUAGUAACCAAGUAUAUACCAACAAAUACUUCAAAAUUUGAUUAAACACGCGAUUGAAUUUGUACAUGGAAUAUAUUCACAUUUUUUAAUAUCAAAUAUAUAGUAAUUUUACAUAAAAUUGUGAACGUUUUUACAUAUAUAUUUAGACAUAAAUUAAAAUAAUAAGUAAAUAUAAUGAGAUUUAAAAUUUCUGCACAAAAUCGUAAUGGUCACAAGCGUUUAGUAACUUGUGUUGCAUGGAAUUCGACAGAAGAAAUUUAUUCUUGCGGAGAAGAUCAUUUAUUAAUAUCAUGGCAUUUGGAAGGUGGAAUUGCACAUUCCAGUAUUAUUACAGAAUUUCCCGAUGAUUUUUAUCCGACCGACAUGCAAUGGCAUCCGCGACCAAAUUAUGCAGUGUUAAUUACAAAAAAACAAUCAUUAGAUAUUCUCUUAAUUACUACAGCUGAUGGAAAAUAUCAUUUAGUUAAUAAAAAUGGACGUAUAGAAAAAAGUGUAGAUGCUCAUAAAGGAGCAACAACAGUAGGUAGAUGGAGCAAUGAUGGUUCUGCUCUUUUGACUGCUGGAGAGGAUGGUUUGAUAAAAGUAUGGUCACGUAGUGGCAUGCUUCGUUCUAUUAUAGUUAAAGGAAUGUUUUCCAUAUUAUCUGCUGCUUGGAGUUUAGAUUGUACAACAGUAUUAUAUUCUCAAGGGGCUCACUUAACUUUUCAAUCACUUAAUUCUAAUUCCAAACCUCGAAAGUUAUUAGCACACGAUGGUCUAAUUUUGGUUUUAUGUUGGAAUCACACUCAUGGAUUAAUCAUUUCUGGUGGGGAAGAUUGUAAAUAUAAGGUAUGGGAUUCUAACGGUACUCAAUUAUUUUCUAGCAAUGUCGAAGAUCAUCCUAUUACAGCACUAAGUUGGAGUUAUUCUGGAGAUUACUUUGCUGUUGGAUUAUUUAAUACAAUCAAACUUUGUGAUAAAACAGGAUGGUCUCAUUCGUUAGAAAAAAUUAAUUCUGGAAGCAUAUAUAGUAUUGCUUGGUCAAGUGAUAGUACUCAAGUAGCUAUGGCUUGCAGUAAUGGAAAUGUAUUAACAGGACAUAUAAUAGACAGGAGAUUGGAGUGGAAUAAUUAUGAAGCCACAUUGAUUAAAAGAAAAGUGAUUGAAAUCAGAGAUGUGGGUAAUGAAACACGAGAAGAAUUAGAGAUAUCAGAUCGUGUAGUUCAGCUAGAAUUUGGUUUUGAUUAUUUAGUUGUAAUUACACCAGCACAAUGUCAUGUUUAUUCUGUAGUAAACUGGAAUACUCCUGCCAUAUUUGAUUUGAAAAAUACUAGUGUAUCAGCAAUACUUCUUGCAGAAAAGCAUUUUUUAUUAAUUGAAUGGAAUACUGUAUCAUUAUAUAGUUAUCAAGGUCGUUUAUUAGGAACUCCAAAAUGGAAAGGAAUGACACAGGAACGACUUUAUUCCCCUUGUAUAUCAGUAUGUUCUGAUACUUUAGUUAUACGAUCGCAAAGUAACGAAAAAUUACUUCAUGUAUUGGAAAUGGCUUACAAUAAACCUAUAACAGAAAGUCAGACUUAUACACAUCUUCAAAAUAUUACAAGAGUUGCGUUAAAUUAUAUUGGCGGUGUAACAGAUCGACAAGUAGCAUUAAUCGAUAUAAAUAAAGAUUUAUUUCUUAUUUCUAUAAGAACCACUGGUUUUGGUAGAGUAUGUAAAAUAGCCGCUAUGGCGCAAGAUAUUGCAUGGGCUACUGAUGCAAAUGUUUUAGCGGCGAUGUUGGAUGCAACAUUAUCUGUAUGGUUGUGUCCUAAUUGUGUACAUUAUAGUGAUCGUAAAAUUAUACGAAAGACAAGAAUCGAUAAAGAAAGCAGUGAAUUUGGUAAACAACCAAGUAUAGCAAAUGUUUAUAAUGGGAUAGUAAUGAUACGACGUGGUGAUGGAGCAUUAGUAGCUUCUUCCUUUUAUACAUUUUUUAUUAGUCUUUAUCAACAUAUUUUAAACAAGAAAUGGAAAGAAGCGUUAUCGCUUUGUCGAAUCGCUCAAAAUGAAAUAUUGUGGACUUGUAUGGCCGUUAUAGCAACUGAUAAUAAAGAAUUAAACGCUGCAGAAGAAGCAUAUGCAGCAAUUUCUCGAUAUGAUAAAGUUGAUUAUAUUCAGUAUAUAAAGAGUUUACCAAAUAAAACAGAAAGGCUAGCAGAAAUGGCACUCUUGUCAGGAGAUUUGUUAACUGCAGAAGGUAUACUUUUGCAAAAUGGAUUAAUAGAGGAAGCUAUACGAAUUAAUAUUGAAGUAUACAAUUGGAAUAGAGCAUUAGAAUUAGCAAUCAGACAUAAAAAGCAAUUGGAUGAAGUAUUAAACACAAGAAAGAAAUAUCUUCAAGUAAUUAAUAAAAAAGAAACGAAUCAAAGUUUUCUUGCAUAUAUGGCAAAUGUUGCAAAGACACAAGAGAUUAUCGAGGAUACUUCAUUUAAACGAGAUGAAGAAUUAUCGGAAAUAGAAACACAAAAAAACGAAAUGCUUGAUCAAGAAAUACGUAUAUGAAAGCAUAACGGUAUUUUCAUUUAUACAAAUUACUUAUUAAAAUA